GGGCUAUAAAGCAGAGAGGGUCGGUGACUGGAGGACGCUGCUGGUACUCUGAGGAAACUCUGAUCUGUCCUGUCUCCGGAAAACUACUGACUGAACUGCAACCUCGGAUGAUCUAAAACUUUCUAACUCAACUUUGGACGUUAAUGGAUGAAGGAGGUGUGUAAUUAGUCGCUUUAAGACGACAGAGGCUCCAUAAAGUCCUCGAUACAGAGACGUACUGAGACGUACUGAACUGAGAGGGAGGUUUUUGGGAUGCUGGCUCCUCGCGCGCUCCUCCGCUCCUUGCUGUGCGCGCUGAGCUGCGCGUGGCUGCACACCGGAGCGGCCUCGCGACUGAAGUCUCCAGCUCUGCCCAUCCAGUCAGAGAGAGAACCGCUGCCCUCCAAAGGCCUGGCAGGAUGCUCAUUCGGAGGUCGAUUCUACUCUCUGGAGGACACAUGGCACCCAGAUCUGGGGGAGCCCUUCGGUGUCAUGCACUGUGUCCAAUGCGACUGCGAACCUCAAAAGAGUCGUCGUGGCAAGGUGUUUGGGAAAGUAAACUGUAAGAACAUUAAACAGGACUGCCCAGCCCCGGAGUGUGACGAUGCAAUCCUGCUGCCAGGACACUGCUGUAGAACCUGCCCUAAAGGUGAAGCUGACAAGAAACAGACCGACGCUGUGCUGGACAGCUUUGAGUAUUUCCAUGAGAAGGGCAAAGAUAAGGAGGAUGACCUCCACAAAUCUUACAAUGACCGAUCCUACCUGAGUUCUGAGGAGUUGGGCCCCGGGGAGAGCCGCACUGACUUUGUUGCAGUGUUGACAGGAGUGACGGAAUCAUGGCUUCCCAGCGCCAAUGGUGUUGCCAGAGCUCGCUUCUCUCUGACCCGAACUAGUCUGGCCUUCUCCAUCACAUACCAGAGAAUGAACCGCCCCAUUAAAAUAGUCUUCCUGGAUUCCGCUGGGACCACUGCUUUUGAGUACCGAGUCCCCAAGGGACAGUCAGACAUGAUCUGUGGAGUAUGGAAGAACCUGGCUAAGCCUGUACUGCGACAGCUGCAGUCUGAGCAGCUGCGCAUCAGCAUGAGCACAGCGACGAGCAGAGGAGAAGAAGUGGAGGGGAAGAUCAUCAAACACAGGGCGCUGUUUGCUGAGACGUUCAGUUCAACGCUGACAUCGGAGGAGGAGAAUUCAGGCAUGGGAGGCCUCGCCAUGUUGACGCUGAGUGACACAGAGAACAACCUCCACUUCAUCCUCAUCCUUCAAGGCCUCAUCAAGCAUACAGACAAAGAGCCCCUUGUGGUGCCCAUCCGAGUCCAGCUUGUGUAUCGACAACACAUCCUGAGAGAGAUCCGAGCCAACAUCACCUCUCAUGAUCCAGACUUUGCAGAGGUGCUGACAGACCUCAAUAGCCGCGAGCUGUUCUGGUUAUCUCGUGGUCAGCUGGAGAUCGCCGUGGCAACCGAGGGUCAGGAUCCCAGACAAAUCUCUGGCUUCAUCACCGGCAGGAAAUCUUGUGACACUAUUCAGAGUGUGAUGUCCAGCGGUGAUGCAUUGACCCCGGGGAAGACAGGAGGUGUGGGAUCCGCUAUCUUCAACCUCUUCGAUAACGGCACACUGGACUACCAGGUUCAGGUCGCAGGUCUCUCCAGUGAGUUCGUUGGCCUCACUAUUGAGUUGAAGCCGCGGCGGCGAAACAAGCGAUCUGUGCUGUACGACCUGACGCCAGAGUACAACAAGGCCAUGGGCCAGGCGCAGGGCAGCUGGAAUCGCCUGGAGGCUCGACACAUCCACAUGCUGCUGCAGAACGAGCUGUUCAUCAAUGUGGCCACGGCGCACAGCCAGGAGGGGGAGCUGAGAGGGCAGAUUAGGGCGCUGCUCUACAGCGGCCUGGAGGCACCCAGACAUGAGUUGCCCAUUCCUCUGGCCGGCAACUUUGUGUCUCCCCCGGUAAGAACCGGUGCCUCUGGCCACGCCUGGGUGUCCGUGGACAAACAGUGCCACCUGCAUUAUGAGAUUGUUGUUGCGGGCCUCAGCAAGGCCGAUGACCUCACUGUGAACGCCCACCUCCACGGACUGGCUGAGAUUGGAGAAAUAGACGACAGCAGCACCACUCACAAGAGGCUGCUGACCGGCUUUUACGGCUCACAGGCUCAGGGAGUGUUAAAGGACAUCAGUGCUGAAUUACUGCAACACCUGGACCAAGGAACAGCCUUCAUCCAGGUCAGCACCAAGACGAACCCCCGAGGAGAAAUACGAGGACGGGUCCAUGUGCCAAACAACUGUGAGUUAGGGGCCAAGGCGGAGGUGGAGGAGGCGGAGUUUGACGACCUCUUUGUGAAGGACCCCGAGGAGCUGAAGAAAGACCCCCAUACCUGCUUCUUUGAGAACCAGCACCAAGCUCACGGCUCCCGCUGGACUCCCAACUACGACAAGUGCUUUUCCUGCAGCUGCCAGAAGCGAACUGUGAUCUGUGAUCCAGUCAUCUGUCCGGUGUUGACCUGCUCACGAACCAUUCAGCCUGAGGAGAAGUGUUGCCCGAUCUGUGACGAGACUACGGAGCCCAAGGACAUGAAAGUUCCAGAGAGAGUGGACGAACAUCCUGAGGGCUGCUACUUUGAAGGAGACCAGAAGAUGCACGCUCCAGGAACCACAUGGCAUCCCUUCGUACCUCCCUUUGGCUACAUUAAAUGUGCUGUCUGCACUUGCAAGGGAUCUUCAGGAGAGGUGCACUGUGAGAAGGUGACGUGUCCGGUGUUGACCUGCAGUCACCCCGUAAGGCGUAAUCCCUCCGACUGCUGUAAGGAGUGUCCAGAGGAGGAGAGGACUCCUGCAGGCCUGGAGCACAGCGACAUGAUGCAAGCAGACGGCCCGAGGCACUGCAAGUUUGGCAAGAACUAUUACCAGAACAGUGACAACUGGCAUCCCUGGGUACCGCUGGUGGGGGAGAUGAAAUGCAUCAACUGCUGGUGUGAUCAUGGUGUGACUAAGUGUCAGAGGAAGCAAUGUCCAGCACUGACCUGCACCAACGCCUCCCGCAGAGAGGGCGCGUGCUGUCCUGAAUGCAUUGAUCUCAAAGAGGAAGACGACCUGAUGAUGAAAGCUCCAAACAAAAGACGAACCUUGAGACAUUGAUCACCGAACCCUCCUCUACCCAUCUAACCCAAACCCAGAGCUGCACACUGGGUCCCACCUGCCCUCCCUCCUCCACCUCCUCACACCCACCCUGCUAUCAGCUUCAGGAUUGUAAUGAACAGAGAAGAGACGGAGACGGAGACAUAAUAAAAAAGGAAAACUUCCAAAGACUCGUGAAACGAAGGGAUGAAGCUACAUGAAAAGGACCAACCAGACUUUACAAACCUUUCUGCUUCCUGCCUUUCCAUUUUUGCUGGAAUUUUCUUUUCGCUCAGUUUUUUUUUUUUUCAGCUCAACAGGACAAAACGGUAUAUAUAUGUAGAAAUAUAACACAGCUGCUCAACGGGAUAUUGUUUUGGUAAGAUUGUGCAAAUCAUUGACAGGGCUUCUUUUUGAAGUGCAGCCAUAGCUACUGCAGCUCUCACCGCUCUCACUGGAUACGAGAGGAACGUGUGAAUGUGAAUGUGAAUGUGUGUGAGUGUUUUUUUUACCAGUAAAGAAUAAUCAGAAACACAGUAAACGUCUUGGGAGGCAACGCAGGGUUCAAUAACUGUAAAACAAAUACUGUGAAAACCUGGAAACAGUGUCGUCCGUUCAGUCGUAGGAUUAUAUUUCCACUCAGUAUGGAUCUGUUUGAUUGGAAGAGAAGCCCAGCUGGUUGUUAUUUCAGUACUAAUACGAGCUUCGCCUUCAUCUCCUGUUGAUCUCAUCGCUUCUCUGCUUUGGUUGUUCCUGUUUCAAAUUAAGUAAUAUUUUUAUGAAUUUUUCUAUAAUUGUUUUUUUAUUAAGAAGCUGGUUUGUAUUUUUGUAUUUAUUGAAUGGCGUGGAGACAAAAUAAAGAGUUGUUUGCUGGUAA